UUAAAAUACAUAAAAGGUCUGCCAAAUGAUGUAUCGAUAAAGUGAAAAACUAAACGUUGCCUAAUAUUGUAAAAUCGUUUUUUAAAUUAUUUCGUGUGAUACUAUUGUUUUAUUUUUAUUGAACUAUAAAACGUAUUUUUACGCAUGUUAUCUCUAAAUUAAAAUUACUAUUUAAAAUAGUUAUCAGUUUUUGAUUUUAGUUCGGAAUAUUAACAUAUUUAUUUAAAUUUCUUCGUUAAAAAGUUUGGUAAUGAAAAUGAAGUAUAUUUGUGCUGAUAACAAAUCUAAAUAGACACAAACUAAAAAAUGAAAAUACUAACGUCGCAAAUUAAACACAUUGUUCAUUGUUGUGCCUUUUUUGCGCUGUUGGCUUUUACUUAUACAUUUAUAACACAACCUACAACCAACAUCGAUCCUUGGAAAGAGUAUGGUUAUAUACCAUCCAUAGUUUUUUACAUAUUAAGUGGUUUACCGUUAUUGGGUCUUCCUCAGCUGCUGUUUGUGAUAAUAGGGCUUUUGUACUUUAACCAAUUUAGGGAAAACUUAACGUUAAAUGGACCCCUUCUUGAAGCACCGUUUUUGUGUUUUAGAGUUGUCACAAGGGGAGAUUAUCCUGAACUGGUAAAAAACAAUGUAAAACGUAAUUUAAAAAAAUGUCAAUCACUUGGGUUAGAGAACUUUUAUUUUGAGGUAGUAACAGAUAGUGCUACGGGUAUGAUCAAAGAAAACAAAAUAAGGGAGAUUGUUGUUCCAAAGAAUUACAACACUGCGUCUGGUGCUCUAUAUAAGGCAAGGGCUUUGCAAUAUGCUUUAGAAGAUAAAGUCAAUAUAUUGGAGAAUGAAAACUGGGUUGUCCAUUUAGACGAAGAAACGGUACUCACUGAAAGUUCAAUUAUAGGAAUUGUUAAUUUUGUCACAAAUGGAAAAUACGAACUUGGACAAGGAGCAAUUACGUACGCUGACGAAGAAAUCGUAAACUGGCUUACAACCCUCAUAGAUAUUUCACGGGUCUCUGACGAUUUGGGGAAUUUGCAGUUUCAGCUGGCAAUACUGCAUAGACCCAUUUUUGCUAUUAAAGGAUCUUUUCUUGUAGUAAAGUAUGGAGUCGAAAAAGAUGUAACAUUUGAUCAUGGUACUGAAGGUUCUAUUGUCGAAGAUAACUUUUUCGCAAAUAUUGCUGUCACGAAAGGCUACAAAUUCAACUUCAUCCAAGGCGUAAUGUGGGAAAAAUCACCGUUUAGCCUUAGUGACUGCAUAAAACAAAGGACACGUUGGAAUCAAGGAGUACAUCUACUUUUGGAUUCUUCGAAGAUCCCACUAAAAAAUAAAUUUUUGCUAUUCUUUUCAUAUUAUGCUGUUUUAACAACUCCUUUUUCAAUAGUUUAUUAUUUACUAUCACCACUUUAUCCCAUACCAAUGAGCCCCAUUGUAAAUCUUUUGAAUGCUUUCAUACUUGCUGCUUGCUGUUAUAGUAAUAUAUUUGGUGCUAUUAAAUCAUUUAGCAUAGAAAGAUUUGGUACAUUUAAAGUCAUUUUACUCACAACUAUAUCUUACAUUUUGUUGCCGGUUUUAGGUGUACUUCAGAGUUGCGUGGCCUUACAAAGUUUAUUUGGGAAGAAAAAUCAAUUUUAUAUAGUCGAUAAGAAUUUUAAAGAGAAAGCAAUGUUGCAAACAGUGUAAUACCUUAUAAAAUAAACAAAUAAUGUGUACAUAUUAAAAUUAUUAUCCAUCAAUCUUA